GUAGUUAAUUUUGGUUUAUUGUUGGCCUCUGUGUGUACAAUACAAUUGGAUGAUUUUGGUUUGCUAUCUCAUCGUGUAGAGGAAGAAAUAAAAAUGGUGAUGUGGGUAUUUGGGUAUGGUUCUUUAAUUUGGAAAGCCGGCUUUAACUACGAUGAUCGAUUUGUUGGUUUUAUUAAAGGCUAUCGCCGUGUCUUUUACCAAGGCAGCACUGAUCAUAGAGGGACUCCUGAGUAUCCAGGCAGAACUGUCACUUUAGAAUCUGCUGAGGGUGAAGUUUGUUGGGGAGUUGCAUACAAAAUCUCUGGUAAGGAGGAUGAAGACACUGCACUGACGUAUUUAGAAGUGAGGGAGAAGCAGUAUGAUCAGAAAGCUUAUGUCGAUUUCUUCACUGAGCUUACAGCUACAACUCCGGCUGUAUCAGGAGUAAUGCUAUACAUAGGAUCAAAGGACAAGAAGCAUAACAAAAAUUACUUGGGGCCUGCACCUCUUGAAGACGUGGCCAAACAAAUAAUCCAGGCAGAAGGACCCUCAGGACCUAACAGAGAUUAUCUUUUCCAUCUUGAAACGGCCCUUCUUCAAAUUGGAUGCGAGGACAAGCAUGUAAUGGAUCUUGCAAAUGAAGUGAGACGCAUUCUUUCAGAUAGGGAGUAAAGAGAGUUAAGUUCCUAACACUACAAAAGAUGGCCACAAAGAUUUGAAUACUACAACAGAUAAAAUAAUGGGCUCCUCAUACUAUUAUGUUAUCCAAAAACAUAAAUGUUGAAAUGAACGACAAAAUUAAUGUUUAUAAAAAUAUAUCAUUAUAAUUUCAAAGCUUGAAAAGUUUACAUGAA